AUCACAAUUUUAAUCGUCCUAAGAUAAAUACUGUCUUGAUAUAAAAGAUUUAUCUGGCAAACGGUCCAUACUUUAAAUCGUACAUAUUCAUUGUUACAAAAAUACAGACCACGGGGACGAAACUUGCAUUGAAACAGAUUCAUUAUGUGAAUAAUUCAAUGGUGAAAUGGCAUCCUUUUAAAGGAUUAUAAUUGGAGAUGUUCAUUCUGUGAGCAAUAAAUAGGUACUUUACAUUCUUUUUACAAUAGAUAUAAGUAUUCUUAUAUUUUGGCCAGAUAGGCCAGAGAGGAUUAUAUUUCCUUAUAACGGGUCAAGAUAUGAAUUAUAUAUAUACGUUAAAACUUUAAGAAGAUUAAUGUGUUCUACACAGAACUUAACGAAUCAGUUUUUUAACGUGACAUUGAUUACAUAGAUUAGAAAUUUGGAUAUGAAUAGAUCUACAUUGUAAUAAAUACAAAUGACCUACAAUGCAGCUGAAGAUAAAGGAAGUAUGAAUAAUGGUUCAACGCCAAGAAAUAAAGAGCGUCCCAACCUCGAAGAAAAAUACUGGAGUACGGAUAUCGUCAAACAAGUGGAGACGUGGAUGAAGAACCAAAGAUUUUCAGAACAAUAUGCUCCAAGUUCUCAAAGGUCACAAUAUACACCACCAAUUCAAUCUGAACGAAGUCGAAAACGAAGACGAAAGCGACCGAGUCAAAAGGACGGUGAAUCCGGAGGUGAAUAUACAGAAAGCAUAAACUACACUGAUUCUGAAAUAGUAAGCACUGUGGAAAGUAAAGCAAUACAAAGAAAACUUUUUGAAAAGGAAGACAAAAAGCUCAUGAAAAACAACGGAGUUAAAGUUUAUCCUUCAAAAGUCGAUAAUGGGUAUGUAAACCGUGACAAUAUGUACAAUAAAAGUUUUGAAAGACCAAAUAAAAACUCAAGAUUUGGUAGCAUUCAUGAUGAAAUUGAAUUUCAAAAACGCUAUAAACGAAUAUCCGAUCUUCAAAACCAUUUACAGUUUGUGAAUGGAAGUUAUUUAUCAGGAAAGAAUAUAUUAGUAGAACAAAAGAAACUUGCUCCCGUUACAGAUUUUAGUAGAAGAUUUAAACAACUUAACCCAUCAGAAAUGUUUGCAAUAUCACCCCUUGAACAUUUAAACAUCAAAACAAAAUCAAAGCCGAAACAUUAUCUUCAAGCAACACAAGUGACACAUAACAGUAGAUAUAAAUCAAAGAAAAAGACAUUUCCAUGGCAGAAAUUUCAAAAACUUCCGGAUAUUUCGCCUGACCAUAAGCCGCCUAAGAAAGCAUUAAGUGAAAGCGAUGUAAAAUUGGGAGAUGAAAUUGACCGAGAUACGGCAAGGUCUGGUUAUAUUAGUAGCUUACUGAGUCAGGAUGAUACCAGAGACGAACGUGUUAAAUCUGUUGUCACAGAUAGUUCCUAUGGACCUUAUCAGGAAAUGAAAGUCACUAUUCAUAUUCGAUACAAAAACCAAAAAUCCUCUCCGGAAGUCAAAAGCGAGGAUGAAUAUGUCAGUGAAACUAGUUCUGUCCAAUCUUCUGAAGACAAUACGUCUCGAGCAUAUGAUGGACGAUUGAAUUCAAAUAACCAAGAAAAAACAACUAGUCGAGAAAACAAAAUUACAUCUCUACUAUCACAGAAUGAUCAGAAUUUGGUGCAUAGUACAAAUUUUCGUGGUUUGUCAAGAACUAGCAAUAUGUCGAAAUCAAGUAAAGAAAACUAUAAAAACUAUGAAGGUGGGACUCUUUCCUCAUUAGUUAUAUCCGAUCCCGUUUCUAAAAUGCCGAGACAUAAUGCUGGCAAAAUAAGGGAAUGAUAUGCAAUCACAUUGUUAUACAUAAAAAAUGUUACAUGUUGAUGUGUUUUUGUUUUUUAAAUUAUUCAUAGAAAA